CCUGCAUUUCUUAAAAAUGCUCUGCCAGCUUUUCAGCGUUUUUAGUUCAAGUUCCACACAAGGCACAGUUUUAGCUUGGCCAUCAGGGGAGACACAGGGAAGGCACAGGGAAGGUACACAGACGGAGAGAGAUCGGAAAAUAGGGAUAAAAGAGCUUAAACUGGUCGAUUUCUUUGCCACAAGCACAGGGCCCUUAAAGAUCUGGUAGCUGUCUUGACUUCCAUGAUGUCAACAACAAGAGGACGCGCAGAACGGCAGGGUGGUAACACCAGUCUGAAUCUGAACCACUAUGCCACUAAGAAGACGGUGGCAGGGAGCAUGUUAGAUGUGGCCCUGCUGAUGGCCAACGCUGCCCAGCUGAAGGCCGUCCUGGAACAGGGGCCAGACUUCAGGUACUACGUCACCGUCGUGGUCCUCAUCGGGUCUUCCCUGCUCUUCCAGGUGCUGGCUGGGGUACUGUUUGUCGCCAUGGCACGUAAGGACCUGAACGACGUAGCCAACCAGAGGAAGCUGGACAUCAUGAACAACGUGGCCACCGGCCUUGUCUUCAUCACCGCCAUCAUCAACAUCUUCAUCACCGCAUUUGGAGUGCAGAAAACUGGCUUGUACCCCAAAACCUAGACUGAAGACUGGCCUGUACCCCAAAACCUAUACAGUAGACUGACCUGUACCCCAAAACCUAGACAGAAUACUGACCUGUACCCCAAAACCUAGACUGAAGACUGGCCUGCACCCCAAAACCUAUACAGUAGACUGACCUGUACCCCAAAACCUAAAGUGAUAUACUUCAGCGAUAUUAUCUUUUAAAACAUGGCAAUACGGGUUUACUAUUGUAACUUUUUUUAUCAGAAGAGAUUUGUAAAAGGAAGAUAUUAAUAAUUGUAAAUGUCAAAAAGCAGAAUUGUCUUAUUCUAAUGUGUAUGGCUCAGAAAUCAAAUUAAAGACAAGUGUUUGGGCUACAGAUCAGUCUCUGUAGACAAACGGGUUGCCUCCCACAAUUUAACAAUGUUCAAGCAUGUCCUUGGUCUGGGAUUUCCAAGAAUGGCUACAGACCAAUGGGUCUUCUGAUAAUAUAAGGGUCUUCUGAUAAUAUAAGGGUCUUCAGAUAGGGGAAAGAUAAUAUAAGGGUCUUCAGAUAAUAUGAGGGUCUUCAGAUAAUAUAAGGGGAAACAGUGACUACUAGUGGUCUGUAUUUGACUAAUAAAGAAGGAUACUCACUGUGUCCAAAGUGUGUCUCUAAUGCAAUAAAGUCCAUACAACAA